UGUAUCCUCUUCCUCCUUCAAUAUCUUUAGUGAUCUUCAUGGCUUCUUCUAAGUCUCUUGUUUCAACUGUUCUCUUAGCAGCCAUUUUCUUUUUUUCUCUAAAGGUGAAUGCGUCCAGAGAGCUAAAUGAGCAAACUCAUAACAAUAAGGUUAGCAAUGGACCCGAAAAUGAAGACAAAAUGUCAGCUGGAUUAAAAUUUCCCAUAGGCGAUAAUAAUAACGGUGGUGAUACUAUUCCAUACCCCAGUACAGGAGGCUAUCUGCCUGGUAACGAAUUACCAGGUUCAGAAGGUUAUCUACCUGGCAAUGUAUAUCCCGGUAUGGCAGGUUAUUUGCCCGGAUAUCCUUAUUUCGGAGGUUAUAAUGGAGGCCAUCCUGGUCUACCAUUCUUCGACAAUGACCCUAGAAACUUUGGCAGCUUCCCACGUGGUGGUUACAAUGGUAAUAUUGGUGGUGGCAGCGGCCUGGGUAAUUAUGGUGGUUACCCGAGAUAUGAUGGCUAUCCUUAAAGUUACUAAAUUAUUAAAAUUUUAAUUAUUUGUGGCAUUGGUGUGUCCGUGUGUGUGGGCUUGUGUUUGCGUGAAUCUAAUUAAUAAGUUAUAAGUUUGAUGUAUGUAUGUUUGUUGUUUUGGUUUAGCCAAUUUGUUGUGUUGUGUACUUGUGUGUAAGAAAGAGGAUUAUGAAUCUAAUUAAUAAUCUACUACAUGUUAUUGUUGUUGUUGUUGUUACCAUCGAAUAAAA